UAAAAAACAUAAACUUAGCUUAAAAAACAAAAAGAAAUUUGGUGUUAGAUUGUGUUACGGACGGUGGGUGGUAAAUAAAAUAAAAAGUUGAAUUGAAUACUCCGCCGAAAAUCCAACUGUUUCUUCAACUCUCAUCCUAGUUCAAAAUUGUGAUGCUUUGAAUACAAUUAUAUUUUUAGUUUCUUUUCCACACUUUCACACAAUAGUUGAAGAAGAAGAGUAUAAGCGAAUCCUAUCUUUUGCUUUUCAACUUACCUUAUCUCAACUCUGAGGAAUUGGUGCAGGAAGUGGAUUUCCGUGAAGAAAUCGAGGUUUUGAGAAGUGGGUUGUGGUCAAAAUCGCUUCUGUUGGAUUGGGAGGACGUGUAUAUUUUGAGAAUUUAGCAGGUGGAGAGAGGAACACGAGUGUUUCUAUGGCGAAAUUAUGUUGUUUCAAGGGUUCGUCCUUAAAGUUAAAAGGUCGUUCUUCGACAGAUGGUGGUAAAGGGAAAAGCAUUCAAAGUGAAGUAAAAGUUAAUUAUGGAUACAGCCUUGUAAAAGGAAGGGCAUAUCAUCCCAUGGAAGAUUACCACGUCGCUAAAUUUGUACAUAUGAAGGGAAAUGAGAUUGGUCUCUUUGGUAUCUAUGAUGGCCAUCUGGGAAAUAGAGUAGCAGCCUAUUUACAAAAGCAUCUAUUUGCCAAUAUUCUGAGGGAGGAAGAGUUUUGGACCCAUCCAGAGCAAGCCAUUUUAAAAGCCUAUGAAAAGACCGAUGAGGCGAUACUUUCACAUAGUGUGGAUCUGGGACGAGGUGGAUCUACUGCUGUUACUGCCAUUCUAGUAAAUGGUAGGAAGCUGUGGGUAGCUAAUGUUGGCGAUUCACGAGCCGUUCUUGCAAAAGGUGGAGAGGUGAUACAGUUGACAGUUGAUCAUGAACCAAGCACGGAGCGUAAAACUAUUGAGACAAGAGGGGGCUUUGUUUCAAACUGGCCAGGAGAUGUCCCAAGAGUUGAUGGCCAGUUAGCCGUUUCUCGUGCAUUCGGAGACAAGAGCCUCAAGUCACACUUGAGGUCGGAUCCGGACAUACAGUUUGAAGAUACAAGUGCUGGUGCCGAGGUACUUAUUCUUGCUAGCGACGGCCUGUGGAAGGUCAUGAAAAAUGAAGAAGCAGUGGAUAUUGCUCGAAAGAUCAAAGAUCCACAGGCGGCAGCAAGGCAAUUAACCAAGGAAGCAAUAAAUAGAGAAAGCAAGGAUGAUAUAUCGUGCAUUGUUGUUCGACUUGGGGAAUAAUAAAGAGCUUAGCCUCUUUUUUUCCCCUCUUACCUCUUUUGUAAAUGAUUCUUUCGUCUAUUUUAUUGUUGGUGGGUCCUUAUUGUUUGAUUGCUUAAGGGAAACUUUCAUUUGGUUUUACUAAGAUUAAAGGAAUAGGAAAGAUAAUGGUUGGUGGAACUGUUUACCUUUUCUCCUGAUGUAUUGUUGAAAGCUUGUUGACCAUCUUGUUCUCUUCUUCUUUUUUUUUCUUUUUUUGUUAAAUAAAUGCCUCCUUUUUCUUCUUU